GGUGAGUGAGGAGGCGUGAUAAGGAGGCAGGCAGAUAAGGGUGGAUGGCGGUCUAUGUAUAGUGGAAGGGGACCGAAGAUCGGAGUUCUAGUAGCUUAGCUGAAGCUGGAUAGCGGAUAGGGAUAAGCCCGAAAGUAGAGUAGAGCAAAGAAGUCAAGGCUCGAUGGAUGAAGCACAAGAUAGAAAGGGAGGAGAGAAGGAGAACAAAGGAUGGCGGAAGAAAGACGAAUAAAUAGGUGGCAGCGGCAAAAGCGCAGCCCAAAGUCAAUUUAUACGGAAUGGAGGCCGAUGGGGGGUGGAGGGAGGGAAGAGGGAAGAAUUGGGGGGGGGGAGUCAUGGAUGACUUGCUGAGUCAAAGAACGGCGCUGCUGCAAUGCUUGGAUCAGCGCAUUGCAGCAACCCGCACCGCGUUACAGAAGAGAGGGAGACAGAAAAGAGAGGCGGCGAUGGGCUUAUUCUUAGCCCCAGCGAACAAGAACAAGCCAAAAAAGGCCCUGCGGACGCUUGGGACUAUUCCUCCGACGGGCAACGACGACGACGACGCCCGGUGGAGGCAAAUCGGCCUGGUGGACCCAGAACUUUCCAGGAUUCUUUGGGUUUCGCUGCUCACUUUACUUUUACUGUCUGUCCUCUCCUUUCACAGCCAUCCAUCCAUUCAUACAUCUUUCUGUUCGGUUUCCUUACUCUUCAAUUUCUGGUUCCCUUCUUUUUUGAUUUUUUCUUGGUUUACGCCUUCGGGUGACGGCUAUCGAGUUCGGUUCGUCCUGUUGCUGCGUUGGCCGGAUGCGCACGAGGUUCCCGUUCGGUAUCCGGCAAAAGUUAGUUCUUCUUACUCUUCUUCUUAUUCAGGCUCCGAAGUUAGUAAGUGGUAGUAUUAGUUAGUCGUCCGUAGUAGCAGUAGUAGCAGUAGUAGUUGGUUACUAAAGUCACAUAGCAGCAGAUGGCAAGUUCGCUGGUCACUGGCAAACUUUAACAUUCCACAGGACCAGGGGACUUGGAAAAAGAACAAAAAAAAAGGAAUAUGAAAAGAAAAGAAAAUAUAAA